AUGGCUUCAUUCCUUCGUAACACAGCCCGUUUGACGGUGCCAUCACUCCGCCACGGCGUCAUUCGUCCCACCUUCAGAGCUGCAGCCCGUGCUCUGGCUACUCAGACGGACCGCAAACAGGCUACCGCAGCAGCAGCUGUUGCAUCCGUACCAGAUGCUUUCGACCAAGCCUUUUUCCCCGAUGAGCCGACUGGCCCAAUCGUCAGAACUUCGAUCCCUGGACCCAAGAGCAUGGCAGCUAUCAGAAAGUUGGACAAGGUCUUUGACACACGCAGUCUGAACAUGAUGGGCAAUUAUCAGGACAGCUUUGGCAACUACAUGGCUGAUCUCGAUGGCAAUGUUUUGCUCGACGUCUACGCUCAGAUUGCCUCCAUCCCUGUUGGUUACUCCAACCCCUCUUUGCUGCUGGCAGCUACUUCCAAGGAGAUGGCCUCGGCCAUCAUCAACAGACCUGCCCUGGGAAACUUCCCUCAGCACGAUUGGGCCGACAUUCUCGAGACCGGUAUCCUGCGUGUUGCCCCCAAGGGCUGCAACCAGGUCUUCACUGGUCAGUCCGGAAGUGAUGCCAACGAGCUUGCCUUCAAGGCUGCCUUCAUGUGGAAGAGAGGUCAGCAGCGUGGUGGUCCUGAUGUAGACUUCACUCAAGAAGAGAUGGACACCUCUAUGAACAACCAGGCUCCUGGUGCUCCUCAACUCAGCAUCAUGUCGUUCAAGUCUGGCUUCCACGGUCGCAUGUUCGGCUCGCUGUCAACCACUCGCAGCAAGCCUAUUCACAAGCUCGACAUUCCUGCCUUUGAUUGGCCUCAGGCACCAUUCCCCAUGCUCAAGUACCCUCUGGAGCAGUUCGCCGAGGAGAACGCACAAGAGGAGGCUCGUUGCCUCGAAGAGACCGAGAGAUUGAUCAAGUCAUGGCAUCUGCCUCCGGCUGCCAUCAUCAUUGAGCCCGUUCAAUCCGAAGGUGGUGACAACCACGCUUCCCCUGCCUUCUUCCAGGGUCUCCGUGAGAUCACUCGCAGAAACGAUAUUCUGAUGAUCGUCGAUGAAGUUCAGACCGGUGUUGGAGCUACUGGAAAAUUCUGGGCUCAUGACCACUGGAACCUUCAAGACCCCCCAGACAUGGUGACCUUCAGCAAGAAGGCACAGACUGCUGGCUACUACUUUGGCAACGAUGAACUCAGACCCAACAAGCCAUAUCGUCAGUUCAACACUUGGAUGGGCGACCCGGCUCGUGCCAUCCUCUUCCGUGCUAUCAUCAACGAGAUCGAGCGCCUGAAUUUGGUGCAGAACACUGCCGAGACUGGAGAUUACCUCUACUCUGGCAUUGAGCGUUUGGCACAGAAGUAUCCCAAGGAAAUCCAGAACCUCCGUGGAAAGGGUCAAGGCACAUUCAUCGCCUGGGACUCACCACGUCGUGAAGAAUUCUUGGCCAAAAUGAAGGGUGUUGGUAUCAACAUUGGUGGCAGUGGUGCUCAAGCCAUCAGACUGAGACCUAUGCUGAUCUUCCAGAAGAAACACGCAGACAUUUUGCUCGAGGGUAUCGAGAAGGUCUUCCAGUCGUAG